CUUGGCCAAUCUUCUUCCUCCAGAACAGACAAUUCGAAGUGCGAUGGGAGAAUACGACACUAGGCUUGGUGCACUGUGCGUCGCGUACAUGCUAGCUUGGGGAUUGUACGGUGUCAUGUCAAUACAGAGCUACCGCUACUACCAUAUCUUUGUCAAGGACCCUUUGUGGAUCAAGACUUUGGUUGGCGGUCUUUGGGUUCUGGAAACUUUGCAGCUCGCUCUGAUUGGAUCCUUCUUGUACUUCUGGGUUAUUACCAACUAUGCGAACCCCGCCAUCCUUGCGGAUACCACCUGGACUUACAAUAUCGGGAUUCUGGUCACAAACACUAUCGUCAUCAUUGUUCAACUGUCAGCCGCUGCAUCCUUGCUGAGCGAUCAUGCUGACGCGCGGGCCGCAGUUUCCUCGCUCGUCGUGUCUGGAUUCCUCGUCAAGGUCGAACUCUUUUAUAAGUUCCAAACGACUGCUAGUGUCGGACUCGGUCGGACUGGGAUGGAGGUCACUGACUCCGUGGUGAAUAAGCUGAUCCUCUACGCAAUGAACACGGGGACUCUUACUGCGAUCGUUGUCCUUGUUGACAUGGUCUGCGUACGUCGCCUUUCUUCAUCGGGAUCCUCCCUUCCACUGAAGACCGCCCCAAAGUUCCUGACGAUGCCGAAAAAUCUUAUACACAUCGCUUUCAAUGUGGUAUCCGGCAAGCUGUAUACGAACAGUCUGCUCGCGACGCUCAACUACCGCGACACCGUUCGCUCGCAAAUCCCGCAUGCCACGAAUAGAAACACGACCAUCAGUCUGUCGCCCAUCAGCGCCACGAUGGCUCCCACCGUCGGCGCCGGUCCUGUGUUCGCGACAAACUCUAAAUUCGAUAGCUCAGUAUCGGCGGGCGGUCAUUCCUUGGUUCUGAGCACUUCGGAAAUAGAAGAUGAUGGCAUUCCCAGCGCUUCGGAGCUCAAGAUUAUUGACGCAGUUUGAUCUGCCAGACUUUUCCAACUCCUCGGCGAAGGGGCUCCUCUGUUCUGAUGUCGUGCUGGGCCUUGUCUUAAAAUCUUGUACUGUAACGAAUGUUUCGGAUCAGUAGACUCAAAGGAUACAACAGGAUACUUCAAACCUUCCUGAUUCCAACCUUGACACAGCACCCUACCAUUUGUCCAUCAACUGCCGUGGUUCAAUUAAUUCAUGGAAAUGAUGAGACUGUUG